AUGGAUACUUCACAGUAUAAGUUAGGAGUUCCAAGUAUCAUGUCCUUUGCGGAUGAUACCGUCAAGGUGGUGAGGAGUGAAUAUGAUUACGAUUACAUGCGGAAAUAUGUCCCUACUCCAGAAGUGAAGAAAGAGUUAAAGGAGAUCUCCCGAAAACUUGGUGAUUGUUUGUAUGAUGGCUACAGAAGAGAGAUAAAUACUCUCAAGCCCAACGUUCACAUUGAUAAUGAAAUAGCAAAAUUGAUGGCGGCAGAGGAGGAUUUAAAACAGUCAAGGCGAAAUCUCAGAAGGAGAGCACAGAAUAUUUGUCCAUCCAGUGGACCUACAAAGGAAGAAGAAUAUGAACUCAAAGAACUGAACCGACAAUCUCUUCAAAAGAUGUAUGAACUAGAUGAUUUUAAGCGAGACUUUAUCAUAAAGCCUUUCGUUGCUACCGAAAAGGUGGAUUUGAGUUUUGAAAGAAUUGAAGAUAAUAUCCGAAAGAGACAACAGGCUCUCCAGAACCUCCGAAGAGAAAUCUAUGAGGCUUCCGUACUCCACGUGGCAGGGUAUUACAUGAAGGCAAAAGAGCUAAAGAAAACUUCCUGGGAGACAACAGAUGCUGAAAAGUCUAAACAUCAACCGAAGUCUGAUGAGAAAAAGUCUGAAUGUAAACCUGCAACUGUUUUGAAAAUGUCCAAACAUUCAUCCAAGAAGUCCACUCGUGUAACAAAAAAUAAAGUGGAGAAACCUAAGAGAACAUUAAGAAGCUGUAGUGAAAGUGACACGGAUGGAGAUGAUUCCUACGCCAAAGUAAAGGAAAUAUACCGGGCCGAGAGAUUGAGAUUUGAGAAGAAUUUGGAAAUCUUCGCUGCACGACUUGAAGAAUUUAUGGACUCUCAUCGUAACAAACACGAGGAGGAGGAAGUCUCUAUCAAACCAAAGAAAAAACGACAAACUGAUGUCAAAAUCUUCAAAACAGUCCAGGCCAAUGUCAAGAUGGUCGACAACAAUGUCAAAACAGUCCAGGCCAAUGUCAAGAUGGUCGACAACAAUGUCAAAACAGUCCAGGCCAAUGUCAAGAUGGUCGACAACAAUUUCAAAUCACUCGAAACCGAUGUCAAAACACUCAGAUUCGAUGUGAAUGCACUCAAAAGCAAUGUCAAAACCGUUAAAGCAGAUAUCCAAACCGCCAAGGCUAAAGUCAAAACUGUCAAAGUGGUCAAAUCUGAUGUCAAACUCGUCAACGAUGAUGUCAGACCUGAUGUCAAAACAACAAAAUCUGAUGGUAAAAUUGUCCUUCAAGAAAAAACAAAGGACGCCAACCGAAACCGAAAACACAGGAACCCUAGUGAGAAGAGUGAUGUGACUAUUGUCUCCCAACAUGAUUGUCAGGAGAAAAUUCAAGCUCAGACAGUCCAGGAAGAAAGGAGGAGGAAGAAGAAAGUCUUUCGUCUUCCCAGGGAGGACGUUCAGGCUUAUGUGGAUUCCUGUGAUCAUGAAAGGGCAGAAAAACGAAGAACAAAGAAAAGGAAAGAGACAAGUGUAAGCAGCAUUUCUGAGCACCCACUGUGGGAAGAAGAAAGUGAUGGAGAGAUUUCCAAGGAAUUAGUGAUUCUGCCAUUACCCACACUCGACCCCAUGCCUGUGUAUAUUGACAAUUUCCAAGCAAGUUGUGUCCUAACUCAACUGUUUUCCAGCAGAGAUGACUAUGAUGAGAACUUUGAAGCAGACUAUGUGAUUCCUCCCUAUGAGAGCGAGAGAAGGAUCUACACUAAACAAAAGAGAGUUAACUGUCACCAGAAUAAACCACACACUGGACAGAGGAGGAAAAUUGUACAUGUAGCACCACAGUGCCGCUAA